AAUAAGCCUUUUCUCUGACAGUGGCGUUUGGCGCUGUAUGAAGAUAAUAUGAAUCGUGGGCGUUUUGAGAUUUUUCUGUUAUCUGAGGCUCUCAGUGUCGCUUCCGGUGGAAAGAAAGCGAGGUUUUGAUCAGGCGAACGCCGCGGACAGCUCGAUUUCCGCGGGUCUUCGGCGCGCGAGGGAAGACCUGAGAGUCGCAGGCCGCGCAAGAUGGCGACGGCGGCUGCAGCCUCAACUUCGGAGGCGGAGGUGGAGCCCAAGGCCGGGCCCAAGGCUGAAGGAGAUGAGGAUGAGGCGCAGGCGGCCCCGGCGGGGAGGAAAGUGCUGUCGCGGCCCGUGGAGGCCGCGGCGUCCAAGGCCACGGGGCCGGGGUGGGAUCCGCAGGAAGAAGGCGUGAGCGAGAGCGAUGGCGAUGAGGAGUACGCCAUGGCCUCCUCCGCCGAGAGCUCCGCGGGGGAGUACGAGUGGGAAUACGACGAAGAGGAGGAGAAGAACCAGCUGGAGAUCGAGCGGCUGGAGGAGCAGCUAUCUAUCAAUGUCUAUGAUUAUAAUUGCCACGUGGACCUGAUCCGCCUGCUGCGGCUGGAAGGGGAGCUCACCAAAGUGCGGGUGGCCCGCCAGAAGAUGAGUGAGAUCUUUCCCCUGACUGAAGAACUGUGGCUGGAGUGGCUGCAUGAUGAGAUCAGCAUGGCCAUGGAUGGCCUGGACCGAGAGCACGUGUACGACCUCUUCGAGAGAGCCGUGAAGGACUACAUCUGUCCGAACAUUUGGCUAGAAUAUGGCCAGUACUCAGUUGGUGGGAUUGGUCAGAAAGGUGGUCUUGAGAAAGUUCGCUCUGUGUUUGAAAGGGCUCUGUCGUCUGUUGGUUUACACAUGACCAAAGGCCUAGCCAUCUGGGAGGCAUACAGAGAGUUCGAAAGUGCCAUCGUGGAAGCUGCUCGGCCCAUGGCUGACUUCCUUUCCCCUUCUGACUGGGAACAAACCUUUGCUUCACAGCUUGAGAAAGUCCACAACCUCUUCCGACGACAGCUGGCCAUCCCCCUCUAUGAUAUGGAGGCCACAUUUGCAGAAUAUGAAGAAUGGUCAGAAGACCCCAUACCAGAGUCAGUGCUUCAGAGCUAUCACAAAGCAUGCCAGCAGCUGGAGAAGUACAAGCCCUAUGAGGAGGCUCUGUUGCAAGCAGAAGCCCCGAGGCUGGUGGAAUAUCAAGCAUACAUCGAUUUUGAGAUGAAAAUCGGUGAUCCUGCUCGCAUUCAGUUGAUCUUCGAGCGUGCCCUGGUUGAGAACUGCCUGGUCCCGGACUUAUGGAUCCGUUACAGUCAGUACCUAGAUCGACAGCUGAAAGUAAAGGAUUUGGUUUUAUCUGUACACAGCCGUGCUGUUAGAAACUGCCCCUGGACAGUUGCUCUAUGGAGUCGGUACCUUUUGGCCAUGGAGAGACAUGGAGUUGAUCAUCAAAUGAUUUCCGCAACCUUCGAAAAUGCUCUGAGUGCCGGCUUCAUCCAGGCCACAGAUUAUGUGGAGAUUUGGCAGGCGUACUUAGAUUACCUGAGGAGAAGGGUUGACUUCAAACAAGACUCUAGUAAGGAGCUGGAAGAGCUGCGGGCCAUGUUCACACGUGCUCUGGAGUAUUUGCAGCAGGAGGUUGAAGAGCGUUUCAGUGAGAGUGGAGAUCCAAGCUGCAUGAUCAUGCAGAACUGGGCUAGGAUCGAGGCUCGACUAUGUAAUAAUAUGCAGAAAGCUCGAGAACUCUGGGACAGCAUCAUGACCAAAGGAAAUGCCAAGUACGCCAACAUGUGGCUGGAGUAUUACAACCUGGAAAGGGCGCAUGGUGACGCGCAGCACUGUCGGAAGGCUCUGCACCGCGCUGUCCAGUGCACAAGCGACUACCCGGAGCAUGUCUGCGAGGUGUUGCUCACCAUGGAGAGGACAGAAGGAACGCUGGAAGAUUGGGACGUGGCCAUUCAGAAAACUGAAACUCGCUUAGCUCGUGUUAAUGAGCAGAGAAUGAAGGCUGCAGAGAAGGAAGCAGCCCUUGUGCAACAGGAAGAGGAGAAAGCUGAACAGCGCAAGAAGGUGCGGGCUGAGAAGAAAGCUCUGAAAAAGAAGAAGAUUAGAGGUGGAGACAAACGCAAGGCAGAUGAGGAGGAUGAGAAAGAGUGGGGCGAGGAGGAGGAAGAGCAGCCAUCCAAACGCAGAAGGGUGGAGAACAGCGUGGCCUCCGCUGGAGCAACUUCAGUCAUAGAGGAAAAAACAGCCCUCUCUGGGAAAUGUGUAACCGUGGACGUCGCUCCCCCUUCCAAGCAGAAGGAGAAGGCAGCCUCCCUUAAGCGGGACAUGCCCAGGGUGGCUCAUGACAGCAGGAAGGACAGUGUCACUGUCUUUGUCAGCAACUUGCCCUACACCAUGGGCGAGCCAGAGGGGAAGCUCAGGCCGCUCUUUGAGACCUGUGGGGAGGUUGUGGAGAUCAGACCCAUCUUCAGCAACCGGGGGGACUUCCGAGGGUACUGCUACGUGGAGUUUAAAGAGGAGAAGUCGGCUCUGCAGGCCCUGGAGCUGGACAGGAAGAAUGUGGAAGGCAGGCCGAUGUUUGUCUCCCCUUGCGUGGAUAAGAGCAAAAACCCCGAUUUUAAGGUGUUCCGGUACAGCACCACCCUAGAGAAACACAAACUGUUCAUCUCAGGCUUGCCCUUCUCCUGCAGCAAAGAGGAACUAGAAGACAUCUGUAAGGCUCAUGGCACUGUGAAGGACCUCAGGCUGGUCACCAACCGGGCUGGCAAGCCAAAGGGCUUGGCCUACGUGGAAUUUGAAAAUGAGUCCCAGGCGUCACAGGCAGUGAUGAAGAUGGAUGGCAUGACUAUCAAAGAGAAUGUCAUCAAAGUGGCAAUCAGUAAUCCCCCUCAGAGGAAAGUUCCAGAGAAGCCAGAAGUGAGGAGAGCACCAGGGGGCCCCAUGGUGCCCCGACAGAUGUAUGGAGCGCGUGGCAAGGGAAGGACCCAGCUCUCCCUGCUGCCGCGAGCUCUGCAGCGCCCGAGUGUUACUGCUCAGGCUGAGAAUGGCCCUGCUCCGUGCCCAGCAGUCACCACCUCGAUGGCCACUGAGGCACCCAAGAUGUCCAAUGCUGAUUUUGCCAAGUUGCUUCUGAGAAAGUGAACAGGACUCUUGAGAGAUGGGAAAUGCCUUACUUCAUGCUAGUCAAGCCGGGUGCAGGCCUGGGCUCCUGCAGACUCUGCUCUGGUGUAGACAGGAAAGGAAAGUGGGUUUGAGUCUGGAGGUGAGAAGUACUCCCUCACAUUGAGGGCAGGGGGCUGACUGCUCUACAGGCUGGCCUGAGAUACUUCUGGGUCCUAAAGAGUGAGGACACCUGGCUUUUGAGGCCCCCUUGUCCCAGUGCUCACACCACCUCUGGCCCUUUUUAUACACUUCUCUCCCCCGUGUGGCACAUGUGCUUAUCACUCUUAAUUUUAAAAGAUGAACCGGCAGAUGCUGGUGGCUCACAGAAUGGCCUAUUUUAGUAAAGGGGUGGGAUGGGGGUAUCAUGGAGAAGAUAGUUGAUGUUUUUUUUUUUGUCCAAAGAGGCUGUGCAUUUUUCUAUUAUGUAUUUGUAAAUGACACAACUAUUCCAUGUUUCAUGAGAGUGGAAUGUCUGAAACAUUUGUUUUAUAUAGGAGUUGUAUGUGCCACCCACUGUGGACCAUUUUCUUUGCCUAGCCACUCGAGAACUGUGUCCUUUGAACACUUGAAUCUCAUCCCUUGGUUUUGUUGAAAUGCCGUGUCCAGUGCAAAGUGGAGAUUCUUCCAUUUAGCUUUGUUUAUUAAACUGAAGCUCUUACAAAGCCUU